UGGAGAACGUCCUGAAGAGGAGAGUUGAGGAACAGGGUAAUCCAGUUGGACAACCCGAACACUGCGGUCCCAUAGAGGGCGAGAGACUACACUUUCCCUGCAUCGACUGUCCCCACAACCAAUAGGGAAAGAUGGCUCGGGAUAUGUCAGACAUUGACAUCCUUAAGAUGGAGCUGGAACAGCUGAAGAAAGAAGUCUCGACACCCAGGGAGCCUGUGUCCAAGACAUCCAAGGACACCAUGGACUGGUGUGAGGCUGCGUCUGGUACCGACCUCCUGAUAACUGGAGUACCAGAUGAUAAGAACCCCUAUAAGCCUGAGAAGGGAGGCUGCAUAAUCACCUAGCCCUCCCGGGGGACAAACAGCCCCGGGCGGGACACAGGGAAAACCAUCAUGUUGUACUUACAUAGGAACACAUGGCAAACUUAUUGCAGCUAUUUAUCGCUCUUUACAGUGCUGAAGAGGCUGACACUGGAGAGAAAAAAUCUGAGAGACAUCCACUAAGUUAGCCAGUUUAGGACAACACAACAUGUCACACUGACUAGGCUACACAAGGUCACCCGAGGCCACUGGGAGCUGAGGAGGAGAUUUAUCCAGAGACGAUUCAGGGGAUUAGAGGGAUCACUUGGUUACAAUGGUGUCCUUCCUUUCUCCUUUCUCCUCCCUCUCACCUGUCAGUUGCCUCUGGCGGUUAUAGAGCUUCCAAACAGGCUCUGGAAUGUUCCAAUUGCACCCACCACUGACUGGCUUUUGUUUUGCUUGUGAAUAAAGUGUACCCAGUACAGCAGUUUCUUUGA